GGACUCGGUUUCCCUGCGGCCUCGGUAGGCUCGUCGGCCAUUGGCUGAGCGGGGAGGAUCUGGUCCCGCUCCUCCCCGCCCCCAGUGACACAAUAGCAGCUCCCUCCAAGAUGGCGGCGGCGACGGCGGACCCGGGAGCUGGGAGCCCGCAGGCUGGAGAUUCCUCUGGCGGGGGCGCUGGGGGCGGGCUCCCGUCCCCGGGGGAGCAGGAGCUGAGCCGGCGCCUUCAGCGCCUGUACCCCGCGGUCAACCAGCAUGAGACGCCACUGCCGCGCUCUUGGAGCCCCAAGGACAAGUACAACUACAUCGGCCUCUCCCAGGGCAACCUCCGCGUCCACUACAAAGGUCAUGGCAAAAAUCACAAAGAUGCUGCCUCAGUGCGUGCCACCCACCCCAUACCUGCUGCCUGUGGCAUUUAUUACUUUGAGGUGAAGAUUGUCAGCAAAGGAAGAGAUGGGUACAUGGGAAUAGGACUCUCAGCUCAAGGCGUCAACAUGAACAGACUUCCUGGUUGGGAUAAACAUUCCUAUGGUUACCACGGCGAUGAUGGGCACUCAUUCUGCUCCUCCGGGACUGGCCAGCCCUAUGGUCCCACAUUCACCACAGGAGACGUGAUUGGCUGCUGUGUCAACCUCAUCAACAGCACCUGCUUCUACACCAAGAAUGGCCACAGCCUUGGUAUAGCCUUCACAGACCUCCCGGCCAACCUCUACCCCACCGUAGGCCUGCAGACACCCGGGGAGAUUGUGGACGCCAACUUUGGGCAGCAGCCCUUCCUGUUUGACAUUGAGGACUACAUGCGGGAGUGGCGUGCCAAGGUCCAAGGCACUGUGCACUGCUUCCCCAUCAGUGCUCGGCUUGGCGAAUGGCAGGCGGUGCUGCAGAACAUGGUCUCAUCUUACCUGGUGCAUCAUGGUUAUUGUGCCACAGCCACGGCUUUUGCCCGAAUGACUGAAACCCCGAUUCAGGAAGAGCAAGCAUCCAUAAAGAACAGACAAAAGAUCCAGAAGCUGGUGCUGGAGGGCCGUGUGGGUGAGGCCAUUGAGACCACACAGCGCUUCUAUCCAGGACUGCUGGAGCAUAACCCUAACCUGCUCUUCAUGCUCAAGUGCCGACAAUUUGUGGAGAUGGUGAAUGGGACCGACAGUGAGGUCCGCAGCUUGAGCUCCCGAAGCCCCAAGUCCCAGGACAGCUACCCUGGCUCCCCCAGCCUCAGCCCCCGACACGGCCCUAGUUCCCACAUGCACAACACAGGAGCAGAUAGUCCCAGCUGCAGCAAUGGCGUCGCAUCCACGAAGAGCAAACAGAACCACAGUAAAUACCCUGCACCCAGCUCCUCCUCCUCCUCCUCGUCCUCCUCGUCCUCCUCAUCCCCAUCCUCCGUCAAUUACUCCGAGUCCAACUCAACAGAUUCCACCAAGUCCCAGCCCCACAGCAGCACCAGUAACCAGGAGACCAGUGACAGUGAGAUGGAGAUGGAAGCAGAGCAUUACCCCAAUGGUGUGCUGGAGAGUGUAUCCACACGCAUCGUCAAUGGCGCCUACAAGCACGAGGAUCUACAGACAGAUGAGUCCAGCAUGGAUGAUGGGCAUCCUCGGCGGCAGCUCUGUGGGGGCAACCAGGCUGCCACAGAAAGGAUUAUCCUGUUUGGUCGAGAGUUGCAGGCACUGAGUGAGCAGCUGGGCCGAGAGUACGGCAAGAAUUUGGCCCACACGGAGAUGCUGCAGGAUGCCUUUAGCCUGCUGGCAUACUCAGACCCCUGGAGCUGCCCAGUUGGCCAGCAGCUUGACCCCAUCCAGAGGGAGCCUGUGUGUGCUGCCCUCAACAGCGCCAUUUUAGAGUCUCAGAACCUGCCAAAGCAGCCCCCUCUGAUGCUCGCCCUGGGUCAGGCAUCUGAAUGUCUACGGCUCAUGGCCCGAGCGGGCCUGGGAUCUUGCUCCUUUGCCAGAGUCGACGACUACUUGCACUAGCUGACCACGCUGGCUGGCCCCGCCUGGCCCUCCCUCAGCCCCAGGGCUGGAGCAGCCCUGCCCUCCAUAGGCAUCUGGCGCAGGGACCUGGAAGCCAUGGGCAGAGUCCAUCCCUCCUGCCUGGCCUCCCCCACUCCCUUUCCUGUCUUCCUUUUCUUCCCUCCAUCCCUCCCUUCCUUUCUUCCUUCUUCUUUUCCUUCUUCCUCCUACCCUGUCCUCAGACUCUCUCUCUCCCCUUCACGUGCAGCGAGCGGCCUCUGACACAGUAUUGGCUGGUUACUCUCAUGUAGCGCCUUCUACUUUGAAAGGGGGGUUUUGUUUUGAGGAGGGGUUGGGUUUUUUAAUCUUUUUUUUUUUUUUUUUCCUCCUGACUGAGCCACCAGUAUUUAUCUCUGGAGAGCUUGUGCUGAGCUGGUUUCUGCUAAUUUAGUGAUGAAGCCUAUCCAAGUUGGUGAUAGCUUAUUAUUUUCAUAAGUAAAAAAAAUGAGAUUAUAUAUAUAUAUAUAUAUAAAUAUAUAUAUUAAAAAAAGACACAGUAUUUAUCGUAGUGUUAGUGGUCCAGCACCUCUUGGGUGAGGCUGUCCAGACACCAUAUGUUUCUAUUUGAGUCCAACUCAUUAAAAAAGAAUCAUCUCCGUCACCUCAGCCAAGUGAUAAGUUUAUUUCAGGCUUCCCCUUUGUUGAACCACAGGCCCAGCUGCAGCCUAGGGAAGCCCAGUAGGCAUUGGGGCCCACUUAGUGGGCGGGUCAGGCUAAGUUGGUUUGUAGCAUCUGAGAGGUGUGGGUCCCUAGGCCCCUGAGAGCUGGGCUGAGCAGAGAACUACGGGGCUGAGGCUUCAGAGAAGGGAUGAGUUGGCCCAGGGCUAUACAGCAAAGCAGGGGAGUAGGGAGUCCUUGGCCAGCACGCUAUCUACCAUUCUGCCCUGCCUCUCACUGCCUGCCUUGCCCCUUCCUUUCUCCCCCUUUCAACAUCCUCUUUUCCCUUGUCGUUAAGAUGGCCAAAUAAUUCAUUUACUCUAAAUUGAUUGCCUGGAAACUACCUGCCUUUGACCCAAGAGCUGCUGUGUGUCAGGCUGCGGGGAGGAUGUCUCUCCAUUCCAGGACAGAAGCCCUUGAGUACAGGGGCUGCCUUCUUUCUGCCUGGAUCUUCAGCGUCUCUGCACAGCUCUGAUGGAAUCAAUGCUUUCUGUUGAGAAGCUAGGACUUUGUGAAGGCAGAUUCUUGGGCCGCCAGUUCCUGGAGUGGAUGGCACUCUUGACCUACUAGGCCAGGCUUCACUGCAGCUGUGCCAGGCAGCUCCGUGCAGCUUGGCCCCAGCCACUCUUAGAAAAGACUAUUAUGAGUAUUUGCUGGCCAGAGGAAGGGACCUCAUGGGCUUUGCAAAUGUCCCACCAGCUGUUUCAGAUGGAUCCUCACAGCUGGUGAGGCAAACACAGUCCCGGUACUGCCAUCAGGGAAUCAAGAGAGGAAGGGCUGAGUUGACUGCUAGGACUUGGGCAGGCCAUCCGUGGAGAGGACUGACUGCCCAGGAGGAAGAAGGGAGGAGGCCUACCCAGAGGAGCACCAGGAGGGGCUGGGAUUUCCCUACCUGCUUCACAGUGAGUGGGAGCACACAGGCAGCCCUUGCAAAGGGGCAAGGCCAGAAGUUGAACUUCCAGUCCCUGCCUAGGCAAGGGCUGAGUAAGCUCCUGCUCUCUGGCAGUGGACACACAGGGAUGGUGGUACGGCCUGAGAUGUUCAUUGCCUGCCAGGCCCACAGCUGGACAGAAGUGAUUGAGUUGGACCAACUGCUGGUGAUGGGGUCAGAGCCUUGGUCCUGUGCUCUCCCAGAGUUCUCCCUUGGGACAUGAUCCUACAGGCUGCUGCUUUUGCUUGGUCCCCACCAGGGCCCCAGCUGGCACCCCACAGACCGUGGCCUGUUGGGGAGGUAUUGUCAUGUCUAUAAAGGAAACUCAUCCUGUGCAAGGCUGGGGAUGUCUAGCUCCCAAACCCAGAGGUUGCAUACAUCAAGCUGUUAAAAAUGGCCAGAGCUGAGCAGGAUUGGGAAUUAAAACCAGAGGCUUUUGCAGCUGGAAUGGGGUUCAGAGAACAUCUACUCCACCAAUCCUCUCCUUUUACAGAUAAGGAAACAGGCCUGGGAGAUUAAAUGACUUAGCCAAAGUCACACAGCAAAUUAGUGGCAGAGCUGGGACUAACCUCAUCCCUGUGAGUUGUGCAACAGUUUAGUCCUGAAGCUAAAUAGCAAGUGAGGGCUUAGGCUGGUGAGGCCCCCAGCAGUGUCUGAGCAGCUGGUACCUUCAGGGGUGUGUCAGGGAUGGGGAUGGGUGCCUGGGCUUGAGUUGUGGAGUGUCUGAGAGAGGGCCCGAGAGGGCCUGGGACAGCUGUGUGCUGCUUGGGGUUGGGUGUCCUCCUGGCUCGCGCUCAGUACCCGUGGCCACCUCCCCAUUUUCUGUGCCUUAUCUCACUGUUUCAGCUGAGUCCAAGUUGUUUACUCUGUUCCUCUCCAGAGGGGCUCUCUGUCCCAAUUGGACAGCUUGCCUUUGGGACAUAAGCCUUUGCCCCACAAGCCGUGGAGAGGACCAAAACCAAGCUGCUUGAGUCCACUAUCUUGCUGAUAGUCCAGGGCUGCCUGCCAGCCAGAGGAGCCCCUUAUGCACACCCAGUCCUACCAGCCUGCUUUCGGGAGCCAACAGUGGGGAAGGCACCUGGGAGGAGCCCCAGUGAAGGGCUGGACCUGACCUGAGGGGACAGGAAGAAGACCUGGCUCUGUUGGGUUGUCCAGCCCUGGGGGAGCAGCCUUCCCUAUUGACCUUUCCCCAUUGUGCCACCAAACGGUCACUCCUUCCAGAGUGGACGCUGGCAGACCAUGCAAAGAAAGCCAGAACCUCUGAUCCUCACCCACAUGAAUCUGUGGCUGGGGGUAGGCCGCCAGAACAGGGACACCAAGAGAUUGAGAAGGGGAUACUGCCCAGCCACCCAGCGCCUUCCUACCCCUUAAGCAAGCACAAAGAAGAUGAGGCAGAGAACUGUGAGAGCUGAAAGUUCCUUUGGUUGCUCACAACUCAGGUAUGCACGCUGUGUGGCAGCCAGGCAGCAGAGCCCUACUUGACCGCCGGUCCCGUGCACCGGACCUGUGGCCGGUUCAUGGACUCUGGGUGCCUCAGGUGCCGCCUCUUUGCAUAGGGUUUUCCUCCAUUAGUAACUACAGCUGAAACAGAUGUCCUCCACAUUGUGCACACUGGUUCUGCCUUUGUCCUCGCAAGUUGAUACUUGGCAUUAGCAUGAAACUUGUGGGCAUGGGAGGGUUUAGAAAGAAUUCUAACACAAAACAUCCUAUUAAAUUGUACUUGAGAGAUGAAAAAACUCCUGUUGUAUUUUGACAGAAUUAUUUUUAUUAAAAUACACAUCCAUGAGUAGUC